UCGUUUGAAAGUCGCGAUACGAUUACAAUGUACCUAUGGAGUAGAUUUUUAAUAACAUUAAGAAGUAUUAUAUGUAGACGGUAUAUGUAAUUAAUAGGUCUCAAAUAAAAAAAAAAAUAGAGUAUUGGCUAGAGAUAGGAUCAAGACUACAUGUUAAUUGGUCGCUUGUCGUGUCCACUUCAUCUGUGGGCGCAAACUAUACCGGGUGGCGAAGAUGCAGGCGCAGCUGCUCUGGCUGGUGGCGACAUGUGUUGCGGCGAGCCAUGCCGCUCGUCUGCUCGCCAUUUUGCCAACUAACACAAGGAGUCAUUACGCCAUGUAUGGUAAAAUAGUGGAAGAAUUAGUUAGACGGCAACAUCAAGUAACAGUUAUUACGCAUUUUCCGAUGAAAAAUCCACCACCUAACGUGGAAGAGAUAAGUCUGGCCGGUACUAUACCGGAAAUAACCAACAAUCUUACCAAACAAGAACAAUCUUUAAAACCCGAUUUUGUUAGAAAUCUAGAACAGAUUAUGGAGGAAUGUGUUAACGCGUGUGACGUUGUUUCUCGUAUACCGGCUGUUAAAUCGUUGCUCAGUUCGAAGGUGACAUACGACAUGAUCAUUGUUGAAGUGUUUGGUAGUGAAUGUUUCCUUCCCUUGGGUCAAAGGUUUCAAGCUCCUGUUGUGGGUCUUCUUUCAAGUGUACCUUUACCCUGGGUGAAUGAACAACUUGGUAAUCCAGAGGCAACAGCUUACGUACCAGCUUACAUGAUGUCUUACGGCCAGCGAAUGAAUGUUAUUGAAAGAUUUGUGAAUACAAUAGCAGUACUUUGGGCAAAAAUUUUGUACAAACACAAAUCGCAAGUUCCUUCACAGGUAAUCGCUGAUCGUCUUUUUGGACCUGGACCUAAAUUAGAAACUCUAGCACAAAAUUACAGUCUAGUAUUAUCUAACAGCCACUUCAGCAUUAAUGAAGUUCGCCCUUUGGUACCUACUUUAGUUGAAGUAGGAGGUUUGCAUUUAGACGAUUCUCAAACAUUGUCCAAUGAAUUGAAAAAAUUUUUGGACUUAUCUACGGAGGGAGUAAUUUACUGGAGUUUUGGAUCUAUGUCGAGAAUUGAGACUAUACCAAGUCAGAAAUUAUCACAAAUAUUCGAGGUUUUAUCGGAGUUGAACCAAAUGGUACUCGUUAAAAUGAAUAGGGGAAUGUUGGCUAGGAAUCUCACAGUACCAGAUAAUGUUUAUGCAAUGGAUUGGAUUCCUCAAUUCGCUACAUUAUGUCACCCGAAUAUAAAGUUGUUUAUAUCACAUGGGGGGUUACUAGGCACCCAAGAGGCGGUGGCGUGCGGAGUGCCGAUGCUUUCAGUGCCGUUGUAUGCCGACCAGGCGCUAAACGCGCGUGCAAUGAAUGAUCGAGGUGUGGCACUCACUGUCAUGCUCCGAGAUAGCACUUCACAAACGUGGAGAAGUGCUUUACAUCAAUUAUUAAGGAAUCCGAAAUACAAAGAGAAUGCUUUAAAACUGAGGGAUGUAUUCCUCGACCGACCACUACCGCCACUGGAGACGGGCAUCUACUGGAUCGAGUAUGUUCUACGACAUAAAGGCGCUGCCCACCUACGAUCACCCGCACUCGAUUUGUCAUCCGCAGAAUACUUAUUAUUAGAUGUAGUAGCCCUUAGUUUAGCUGUAGCAUUAAUGACAAUAUUUAUACUUCACAAACUAUUCAGAUAUAUCUGUACUAGGUGCAUAACAUGGUGGCCUAAAGAAAAACUUGUGUUUGAAAAGAGGCUAUUCAGGAGAAAUAUUAGUGUAUUUCUGUGUCUGUUGUGGAAGUACAAAAUAAAAGCCAAUUGACCAUGUACAUAAUAAUUAGCAUAAUUGUAUUAUAUUAUUAUAACUUACCUACAUGAUUACAUGUGUAAAUACUGGUUAUUUAAUUAUGCAAUGCACAGUAUAAAUAUCUUUGACUUACAAAGUCAGCAUUUAGUAUAUUAAAAAAUACCAUAUCUAAUAGUCACAAAGUGUCUUUCAUUUGAUCUGUUGCCCUGUUCACCAUGCAGUCACUGGUUAAUUUUAAUUAGAUGUAUGUGUAAAUAUAAAACUAUUAUGGGUGGUUCUGACUUCAAACAACUUCUCAUGCACGCCAUUCAAUAAACAUACAACUUUAUAACUAUGGUAGUUACUUUGCAUAAGUCUAUCUUACUAGCUGACUGACUGGUGCAGGUUUGUUUAUAUUCAUCAACAUUAGAAUUAACAUCUUUGAAGCCUUAUCACUACAAGUAGACAUGUGUUGGAGCAUGUGGAUAUGUUUUCACGGUGGAGGACUAGUCACAAAUAGGAAUGUGGUGGCAUUAUUUUGACUGAAAGUGAUGAGGCUUCUAUAAUGUUAGGUCUUUUUAAAAAUCGUUAAUUUAUUAUGCAUACUAUGACCAUAUAUAAUAUAUCAUUGAUCAAUAAUAUUUACUUCUAUGUGUAUUUAAAUGCCCAGUGUGAGAUAAAAUACUAGAUGAAGAUGUUAUAAUUAUAUAGAAUGAUUACAAUUAUAAAAAAGAAUUAGGCAAUGUUUGAAAUAGUUAAACAUGAUUAUUUUUGUGUUGUUAUAUGUUAUUAUUAUACUUGUCUUUUAAAGAAUUUUGCACUCUACUACUUUUUCUUACACUAUUUAAUGGUUUAUGAUCUGGUAUGUUAAUCAAAACUGAAUUUCAUAAUGGUAUUGUUAAGAUUAUAUCUGAUUCUGACAUUUCAUAUUCAAUUUCACUUCUAUACAAUGUAAUCUUAAAAGUAAUAACCAUUGUCUAUAUUGUUUGUUACAUAAUAUUGUGAACCAGUCCAUACAUGAAAUUCCUCAAGUUUUACAGAAUAGCAUAGCAGGUUAUGAGCUACAUAAGUUCCUUUCAUUGUACAAGUUUAUAUAAACAUAAGACCUAAUAAGAGAGAUGCAAGGGACUAGUUGAUAUUUAAUUAGAUAUGGAAAAUUUUGUAAUCUUUAUAAUAGAUUAGAUACAAAAUUAUACCCAAUGAAAGAUAUUUACCAUAAAAAUAAAUGUGUAUUUGAAGCUUAAAACACAAUUAAAAUAUUUUGUGUUUUAAUCAUAAAUAUAAGAAUUUCACUGGUAAAUAAAAUAAACUUUAAUCCUCUUAUAAAAAUUAAAAUAUCCUAUAAACCUAUUUUAAUUUUUAGAAUGUUUUUUCAUUGUCUUUCAAAUAGAGAAUUUACUUACCACAUAUUUUUAUAAAUAAGAGGGUAUUUUUCUGUUAAAAUAAGUAUGACUGUUUAUCACCAAACCACAGAUUUUAAAAAAAAUCUAAUAUUA